UCCUGCCACAGCGCAGAUAAGGAGCUGCUCCCUGCUCACGCCUCUGGGCCUUUUUAUCUCUCGCUGAGUCCUCAUUGCUGCCCCCCCACGCCUCCUUUGCUGUUGGGGUGAGGGCACGGGGAGGUUUUCCCGGGGAAAAGGAGCAAGUGAUGAGUUGGUGCUCCAUGUAGCAGAAUGCACGAUGCCUUCCCGGUACCUGAGCUUCCGCUGCAGCGUGCCCUGGCUGAUCCUCCUGCUGCAAGCUCUGCUCCUCACCCGCUCUUACUUCGGCUUCCCAGGUGUUAGUGACACCUACGCCUCAUCCAACUCCUACCCAGCAUUUCAAGAUGUCACCCACAUGGUGAUUUUUGGAUUUGGCUUCUUCCUGAUGGUUCUGAGAAGAUAUGGCUUUAGCAGCACUGGAUUCAACUUCUUUCUGGUUGUUCUGGGUGUCCAGUGCUCUAUGCUGGCAGAAGAUUUAUUAGUUUUCAUUAGGGGACAGCAAAAUCAAGUUGGUAUGGAAAGUCUAGCAAAGGCUGUGGUGAGCACAACUGCUGUGGUCAUCUCCACUGGGGCAGUCCUGGGCAAGGCCAAUCCUGUGCAGUUAAUCGUGAUGACCCUGGUGGAAUUAAUCUUUUUCUACGUGAGCAGAUGCAUCAACAGGACAUUGCUGGAGGUCCCAGAGCCCCUCACCGUGAUGCACGUGCACCUCUUCGGAGCUUACUUUGGUCUGGCACUCACCUCCCGCUUCCCUGAGCUUCCCCCAGGGCUGGACAAGAACAGGAGCACCCCAAAGUCAGAGCUGUUCUCAGUGCUGGGCACUGUGUUUGUCUGGGUGUUCUGGCCAAGCUUCAAUUCUGUCCUGGCUGAGUCCAAGAAGAAAGCAGUGCUCAACACUUACUUGGCCCUUGCAGUGAGUGCUGUGGCUGCCUUCAUGUUGUCUGCUCUGACCUCCAAGGAUGGCAAAUUCAGAAUGGCUCACAUCCGCAGUGCAGCCCUGGCUGGAGGCGUUGCUGUCAGCUACACUGCACACCUCAUCCAGCACCCUUGGAUUGCCAUGAUUUUGGGGCUGCUGGGCAGUGUCAUCACCAUCCUGGGAUCUCACUGUCUACAGAGGUGCUUUAAUCCUGCUUUGAAGCUUCAGGAUACUUCUGGAGUCCAUUUCACUUUUGGUUUGCCUGCUGUGCUUGGAGCUGUGGCCGCUGUUGUUCUCCGUGUUGUAGAAGACGGGAUUGCGACACAAUGGAAUGAUUUAUCCAGUUUGGGUUACACUGCCUUUUAUUAUAUUGGUGCCUUCUGUCAGACCAUCAGCACUGCCUUGAUAACAGGUUUCAUUACAGGUUUAAUCUUAAACAUCAAACUGCUGAAAGCAGUGCAUGUCUCAAAGUACUUUGAUGACCAGUUUUACUGGGAGUUUCCCCACUUGUCUGUUGGAUUUUGAUGGAGGAUUCCAGCUGACAGGACCAAGAUAAGAUUUUCUUCUUUAUCACCAGAAACACUGAAGCUAUGAUGGGUUCAAAGAGCACUGAAAUACCAAUUCUCAGGCCCACAAAAGCCACUGCAGUGGACACUGAAAAACGAAACUGUUCCAGUUAUUCUUCAAAGAUACAGAGUGUGAAUUCACAGAUGCAAACUUCAGCUUUUCUGCUUUGUUGGCCUUACCUUAAAAUAUUUUUUAGAAGACAUGUACAAAAAAGUUGUGUGCAUUCAUGGCUUAUCAGCCCAAGUGCUUGGAAACAUUAAACUAUUUUUAGCUCCCGAGUUUACAAGGCAAAAUGAUGGAUUUGAAAGUGUCAUUUCUCAAGGAGCUCUUCUUAUCUAGCAAGGUAGUCAAGUUUUUAAGCUGAAGUGAUUCUGCUGAAAGCCUUGACAAGCCAGGAUUUGAUGAGUGAGCUGGAGCAGAGCCAGAACUCUGCAUCCUGCCAGCCUGAGCUCCUGGAAAAAUCUGGUUGGGGCUGGAUGUUGGGAGGUUCUGAUGGCAAAAGUUCAGUUGUGGGUGGUGUUCCUGGAACCCCUGAGGUUUGCUGCCAAGUGUAAAACACAAACUGAGCUCAGGGCAGUGUCUGGGAGGGGAGAGCCUGGCCCAGCUCAGGGGUUGGCCCUCAGUGCUGCCAGCAUUUUGGAAGUGCAGGGACUCUGGGGACAGAGGAUUCUCUGCUAGUGAACCCUGUUUUUAAGUGAAUUGUGAUCCUCAGUGUCUCUUACUUUCAAAACCAGUUGACACAGAAAACUUUACAGCAGUACAGGAGUGAAAACGUGGCUGUUUCUCUUCCUUCAGCAGCCUGGGAGGAAUGAAUGGGGGAGCUCGUGACGAGGCUGAGUCCUUUGAUGAGGCUCCCUGGCCUCAUUCACUCACUGCUGAUCCCUGCAGCUACAGAGGGAGGCAGCUCCCAAGGAAUGCAGGCUUGCAGAGGAAGGGCCAGUUUGCCUCGUUCCCAGCUCCCAGAGAGCCAGCAGGAGUCCAGCAGCUGCCCAAACCUUCUACAUGCAACUGUGAGUUGUUACUUCCCAGGAUAAAUGAAAUAUUCAGGGAAGAAAAAUCUCAAACCACCACAAUUCUGAAUUACAUAAGAAAAGCCACACACCAGCAAGUUUUGAAAUUGAAGAAAUGGUUAUAUUGCCCAGAUAUAGGAAAUAUUUAAUAAAUAUCUGUUAAAAGGUUGUUUAAAUGCAGUUUUAGUAAGUCUUGGAUUGUAAAUAACAUCAUAGAAAUAGCUGGUUAAAUACAUCCAUAUUCCACUCUCCUUUUAUUUGUAACAAACAUCAUUUUAGAAAAGUGACUCCACUGUUGUUUGUAGCAAUUUUACAUUUCUCAAAAACACCACAACACUGAAGUGGAAGUACAAGAGUAAAAAAAAUAACCGGAAUAGAGCUGGAUUUAGUGCUUUCAGCUUUCCUUGAUUUCUCUUCAGACACAAUGGAAGGUUUACAAAAUGGUUUUACAAAACUUUGGGGGGUGCAGUUAAAGCCCAGGUCACUCCAGGGGGGGUUUCACUGCCACAAAUCCUCUGUGCGGCCAAACUUGAACACCAGGCCCC